AUGGUCUGUUCUCAAGCCUGCGAUUCAUCGACAUACCAAUUCUUCGGCCCAAUGCUCCUUGCUCUCGGCAUUCGAGUAGUCUAUAUGAUACGCAAGCUUAACAACCAGCGAGACUCCAAUUCACCCACACAGCCACACAGUGGAAUAACAUGGUCCAGCAUCUACGAUACGCAUCUACCCACCCCCAGCCAGAUCCACAUCAGGUCAAAGUCAAAUCUGUUACUGCACGGUCCAACAACAAGGACAAUUACAGGGGUUCACUUGCCGAGUCUGCAGGUCAUGGUGAUUAAGCUCGCCGCACUACCGGCAUUUGCACAUCUUCGCGACAACCAGCAAUAA